AUGGCAAGAGAAGCAAACUUUAAUCCCAUCUCGGAAUACAGAUGGGCUGAUGAUUACAGUGGAAGACAAAGCAUUUCUGGUGAUGGAAGUAGUGGUAGUGGAUAUGAUGGAAGUGCUAUAAGGCGGGUGAAAUCAGAGAGGUUUGACAACAAUAGGUUCAUGUCUUUGAGUUCUGGGUUUUGA